GCAGCUUUCUGCUGGAGUCGCUGCCGACCGCGCGCUAGCAAGUCGACUUGAGCAAGAGGUCGGACCACUCGCAACUCGAGUACAGCAAGCGCAGCAGGACCUAACGCUUUCGCGGAUGCAGGCCAAUGAAGCCUUCGAGGUUCAGAAGCGCAUGACGGAUCUGGAGCGAUCCUUAGAGGGGCAGAUCCAUGCUGCCAAAGAGCAGCUUCUGCGACUUAGUGAGGAGCGGCGACGACUGACUGAGCUUUUCUGCAGCGGCUCAGUUGACAAGGAUCGCAUCGCCGAGUCCCGACAACUGCUUCAGCAGGUCUAUGACGAGGAGGCGAGAGCCCUCGAGGAGACUCGCGAGUCCAACAUCGUCUUGGAGGAGUCGUGCGCAGGCUUACUGCAGCAGCUCAGCUUCUACAAGUCGGAGCGAUCCUCUUUGACACAGGAGGUGGCAGAUGAAGAGACGGCACAGGAAGAACAUGAGAAGGCCUUUGGGCAGCCUGUCUUGCCUUUGGCGUCUCUUCCCGGCCUACCAGACCCCCGGAGACGCCUCGGGGUCUGA